GGAGCUCCCAGGUGGUGCUGCUGACUUCAUAACAGGAAGUAAGGCUUUGGGAGAGCCGGAAGAGCACGGGGAACGGCAGGAAUACAACUGAGACGGACGGUCCAGGGGUGUGGGAGUAUAUUUCAUUAUCUGUAAAAGAAAAAGGAAAUCAGAAAAGAAAUGUGGAAAGCAGCUGCAGGCCAAUCUGUUUCCAUCCAGCCAGAGGAUGCAGGUGAUGACUGGGAGACAGAUCCUGACUUUGAGAACGAUGUGUCUGAGAAAGAACAGAGAUGGGGUGCGAAGACAAUAGAAGGAUCUGGACAUCAGGAACAUAUUAACAUUCAUAAACUGCGGGAGAACGUCUCUGACGAGCACCACAACUUGAAGCAGAAGGAGCUGGAAAACAUGCCUAAAGCAUCCCACGGCUACGGGGGGAAGUUUGGUGUGCAGCAAGACCGAAUGGAUAAGUCUGCUGUAGGCAACGAGUACCAGAGCAAACUCUCCAAGCAUUGCUCCCAGACAGAUUCAGUCAAGGGGUUUGGUGGAAAGUUUGGUGUACAGGCAGACCGAGUUGACCAGUCUGCUGUUGGAUUUGAAUAUACUGGCAAGACCGAAAAACACGCCUCACAAAAAGACUACUCAUCUGGUUUUGGGGGGAGAUAUGGUGUACAGGCUGAUCGUGUUGACCAGAGUGCAGUAGGCUUCGAUUACCAGGGAAAACUCGAAAAACAUGAGUCCCAGAAAGAUUAUUCUAAAGGUUUUGGUGGGAAAUAUGGAGUGGAAAUGGACAAAGUGGACAAAAGUGCAGUUGGCUUUGAGUAUCAAGGGAAGACCGAGAAGCACGAGUCCCAGAAAGACUAUGUAAAAGGGUUUGGAGGGAAGUUUGGUGUCCAGACAGAUAGACAGGACAAGUCUGCCCUCGGCUGGGAUCACCAGGAGAAAGUACAGCUGCACGAGUCUCAGAAAGAUUAUAAGAAAGGUUUCGGAGGGAAAUACGGUGUUCAGAUGGAGAGGCAGGACAAAGCUGCCAUGGGCUUUGAAUACAAGGAGAAACUGGCCAAGCACGAGUCCCAGCAAGACUAUUCAAAGGGAUUUGGUGGGAAGUUUGGAGUACAGCAGGACAGAAUGGAUAAGUGUGCAGGUACCUUUGAUGAUGUUCAAAAGCCAGCUCCAGCCUAUCAAAGGACUAAACCUGUUGAAGCAGCCGGAAGCAGUGCUAGCAGCAUCAAAGCCAGGUUUGAGAACAUUGCCAAGCAGAAGGAGGAGGAGGACAGAAAAAAGGGUGAAGAAGAGAGAGCUCGUCGAGUGGCCAAGGAGAAGCAAGAGCAGGACGAGGCCAGGAGAAAGAUCGAGGAGCAGGCCAAAGCUGAAAAGCAGCGGACUGUAGAACGGGCACCAGAACCAGAUCCUGCCCCCCAGCCUGCUCACCAAGAGAAGCCACCCAGCCCAGCAUACCAGCAGCAAGAUUUGUAUGAAGAGCCACUCGACAGAGACUCGACUCCCAGUUCAAACCAGUACGAAGCAGGACCCCCUUCUAAUGUACAGGAGCCAGAUUAUGAGGAUGCUAUAUAUGAACCCCAGCAAGAAGCAGUCUAUCAGAAUCCAGACGAAGUGCACAAUCAAGGAGACGAACCGAAUUAUGCAGAGUAUGGGGAUGACCUUGGACUCACUGCAGUGGCUCUGUAUGAUUAUCAAGCUGCUGGCGAUGACGAGAUUUCCUUCGAUCCCGAUGACAUCAUCACUAACAUUGAAAUGAUUGACGAGGGCUGGUGGAGGGGAGUGUGUAAAACAGCAUACGGGCUUUUCCCUGCCAAUUAUGUUGAGCUCAGGCAAUGAAGCACUUACCUUCUGAAUGGGUUUGCCUUAACUACCAUCUGCAGUUCUGCAGCAGAUACUACAGAUCACCUCCUCAACAGGAAGAACAGGAACAAAUGUGUUUUUUUUUUUCUUUUUUUUCUCCAUUUUAGAAAUGCUCUUAAUGUUGGCUGUGCCACUUGCAAUAUUGUAAUGCGUGUAAUUUCUAAUUUUCUAAUUUCUGUUCCAUUUUUCCACCCUCGAGUUAAGGCUAGGGACUUAUUUUUUCUCUCACUCUCCAACAAAUGCUGCUUCCAAGUUCAUGCCAUUCUCUAUCAAAGAAAAUGCAUUGCAAUAUAAUCAAAUAAAUAUAUCUGUAGUAAGGAAUAAUGUGCUGGCAUCCAAAUCAAGCUGAAAUGCACUCCCAGCAAUAUAUUUGCAGUAAAAGAGAUUACUAUAUUGCUCUAGAAGAUAUACAUAAUCACUUUAUUAGGUGCUAGGGAACACAUAGCAGAGGCUAACGUUUUUCUCCAGUUAAAGUCCAUGUUUUUAUAACUAUAUCUUAUAAAAGUAAAUAAUGUACCGUUUGGAAGUUGAAGAUGUGGUUUUCAGUUUUGUUUUAGGUGUGCAUAAUAAUGUUGAUGUCCCAAAAGUUGAUAUGGAUCUAAUAAUACAUUUUUUAGCCAAGGGUUAAUAUAGAAUUAAGUUAUCACCAAAGAUUCUUAAAGUAUAUUGCACAUUUUCAUUGGAAAUACUGCAUUAAUGUGGAAAACAAUACUUUUAUUGUAAAAGAAUAAAUUUGGAACAGACAGAGUUGCUUGUGGAAAAGGCCUGUGGUGAACUAAAAUAGUAUAUUGCUGUUUGCUUGUUGACAUUAAUUUGACUUUACUUUAGCACAGUGUAAGCUGGGAUAGGUGUUUUUUUUUUUUUUUCUUUGUUCUGUAUUUGGGAUACUAUUUGCAAGUUAAUGUUCAGUAGUUGUUGAUUUGGGAAGGUAAACUAAAAUUCUGUAUGAGAAUUUUAAUUUGCAUAUUCUGUCAAACACUUUAAUGAAAUGUCUUGCUCUUACAAAAACAAAACGUAUUUGAAUAUGCAAGGUAUCAUACAGUGACAUUUUCAGGUGGUUUUAAAACAUCCCAUCCUCAAACUGUGUUAAAAUACCAUGGCACUGUACAUAAACCUAGCAUCUAAUAUUUCAGGAAAUCACAUUUAGGAAUCAUAAAUUAAAGAAUUUGAGGUGUGUGUUUCUUUUAAAUAAACACAAAAGCAGUAUACUCAUGAAUAGAAUGACUUUUUAGUUACUUUAACUGUGAUGUCUUAUCUUUUGGUGGGCAUCCCACUCAUACAUUGGCCCACAUCAUUUUCCUGUAAUUCAGUAUGACCAAUCAUAAACUUUGACUAAUAACAUGUUAGAAGAAAUGUUGAGCAAAAAUUAAGGGGGGAAAGAGUUGCAUUUAAUGUUCAAGCAUAAUUAAAAUACACAUUUUCAUAGAUUAACUUGUUUGGAGAGAAAAUUAGUCUUUUGUUAAUGGUUAGGACAAUCCGUAACAGUUGAUGAACAUGUACAUCACCUUAUAGUUUUAGUGGUGCCUCUGUUUUUAUUCCAGGUCUAUGUGUUUGUUUAAUCAUUCUUGGGUUGGGUUUUGAUAAUAAAGUUGUCUUUUCCAGUAUAUUAUUUUUAUCUUUAAAUCAGCUUGCAUAAUAUACACUACAUACAAACAUUUGCAAAUUGUUUUUUUUUUCUAAGUGAAUAAAGUUGUCAGUUAACAGUG